AUGGAGCAUGAAAUUCCCCCACACGAGGUGCCGCUUCCCCAAACUCACGAUGACACCAUGGGAGGCAUCGAAGGAUCUCCCCACCCCAGUUCAAGCAACGGCUUCCAUCAACAGAGCGCAUCCCUUGAUCAAGGACUCAGCAGUCCCCAACGAGAAGACCCUUCCUCCAGAUACACUCCUCCCGUUCAACCCGCGCCUCCAAUCUCCCGUCCAGCUAGCGGCUUGUCCAACCCCGCACACCAGGCAUACAACGACUACCGACAAGGCCAAGGCGAGCCUUCAUCCAACGGCCGUAACCAUGUCGUGAUCAAGGUCGGCAUGGUUGGUGAUGCUCAGAUUGGAAAGACUUCAUUGAUGGUCAAAUAUGUAGAAGGAAGCUGGGACGAGGAUUAUAUCCAGACUCUGGGUGUCAACUUUAUGGAAAAGACCAUUUCCAUUCGCAACACCGAGAUUACCUUUUCGAUUUGGGACCUUGGUGGUCAGAGAGAAUUCGUCAACAUGUUGCCGCUUGUCUGCAACGAUGCUGUCGCUAUUCUCUUCAUGUUUGAUCUUACGCGCAAGAGUACCUUGAAUAGCAUCAAGGAAUGGUAUCGACAAGGACGAGGAUUCAACAAAACUGCCAUUCCUAUUCUUGUGGGUACCAAGUAUGACCAUUUUGUCAACUUUCCCGCACAAGAUCAAGAAGAGAUCUCAAAUCAGGCGAGGCGCUUUGCAAAGGCCAUGAGGGCUGCAUUAAUCUUUUCAAGUACAAGUCACAGUAUCAACGUGCAAAAGAUCUUCAAGAUUGUUCUAUCCAAGGCAUUCGACCUUAAGUGUACCAUUCCCGAAAUCGAAAACGUCGGCGAGCCUCUCCUGUUAUAUCAGUCUGUAUAA